AUGACAUGCAGAAUCCGAGACCCUUUCCCAAUUGCUCACAAAUAUUUUCAAGCAGGUGACCUCAUUAUUGGUGGAAUUACUUCAUUCGUCUUCAUAAGUAGAGAUGUAGAAAGCUUUGAGGAAGUUCCCAAGCAUUCUGCUAUUGGUGAACCACUAAUCCUGAUAAAAUAUUAUCAACAUAUUUUGACUAUGAUAUUUGCUGUGAAAAGGAUCAAUGACAAUCACCAGCUCUUACCUAACAUCACCUUGGGCUUCAGAAUCUAUGAUAGUUAUGGUGGAGAGUGCACAUAUCAUGCUACAAUGGAACUUUUCUCCAGUCAGAACCGAUUCACUCCCAACUACAAGUGUGGCAUCCUGAACAAACUUGUAUCCAUCAUCGGGACUCUUGAUCCUUCAAUUUCUUUUGAUAUGGAAGAUAUUUUAGGCAUUUUCAAAGUUCCACAAUUUCUAUAUGGACCUCCUCCAAGUAAUGAAUGUAAAACUGAAAUCCCCUUCUAUUACCACAUGGUUCCAGAUGAAGAAUUCCAUUUCAGGGGGAUUCUUCAGCUACUUUUGCACUUCGGGUGGACCUGGGUUGGGAUACUUGUGAAAGGAUACGGUGGAGCAAACUUUGAACAACUGAUUUUUUCAUGGUUUUCUCUCCAUGGAAUCUGCAUUGCCUUCUUAGAGCAGCUCAGAACAAUUUAUAUAAGUAAUGUGGAUGAUGGUCUGAAACUGCUUGUGGGUACAUUUCAACUUUAUAGUAACAGCAAUGCUAAAAUUGUGAUAAUCAAAGAUAAAUAUGUUUUAGAAUUAAGAUGGUUGUUAUAUCUCCCUGAAAUGGAAAUAGUUUCUAUAAAGCCAAAAGGCAAGGUGUGGAUCAUUGCUUCCCAAAUGGGUCUUGCAUCAUUCUUUUAUCAGAAGAACUGGGACAUCCAAGUCCUCCAUGGUGCUCUGACCUUUGCAGCUUCUUCAAAUGAGGUUGAAGGAUUCCAACAUUUUCUUCAGACAAGAAACCAUUUCUCAUUCUUUCCCCAAGAUGGUUUCAUUAAAGAUGUAUGGGAACAGGCAUUUGGCUGUGUAUUUCCAGACCCAUCUGAGAAUGAUGAUCCUGAGGGUAUCUGCACUGGGAAAGAGAAAUUGGAGAGCCUUCCUGGGGCAUUUUUUGAAAUGAGGAUGACCAGUUCCAGUUCCAGUAUAUAUAAUGCAGUGUAUGCUGUGGCACAUGCUUUACAUGCCAUUCAGGUAGCUCAACAACCACAUAAGAGAAUGUUGAGUGGCAGGAAACCUAAUCUUCAGGAUGUACAGCCAUGGCAGCUUCAUUCCUUUCUUAAAAGAAUUGCAUUUAAUAACAGUGUUGGGGAUAAAAUUUAUUUUGAUAAGAAAGGAGAAUUGAUUACAGGAUUGGAUCUUGAGAACUGGAUCACAUUCCCCAACCAGUCUAUCCAUCGAGUGAAAGUUGGGAAGCUGGAUCCCUGGGCUGCUGAAGGCCAAAUGUUCACCAUUCAUGAAGCAGCCAUUACUUGGCUCAGCACUUUCAACCAAAAGAUACCUAUUUCAGUAUGUACUGAGAGCUGCCUCCCUGGAUAUUUCAAAAGAAAGCAGGAGGGAAAGCCAUUUUGCUGUUAUGAUUGCCAUCCAUGUCCCAAAGAGAAAAUGUCAAGCCAGAAAGACAUGGAUGACUGUUCCAAAUGCCCAGAAGAUCAAUAUCCAAACAAGACCCAGGAUUUUUGUCUUCCAAAAAGAAUAUCCUUCUUAUCCUAUGAGGAACCAAUGGGAAUAAGUUUAGUGGUUCUAACAAUUUUCUUUUUUCUUUGCACAACUUUGGUGCUGGCAACAUUUCUGAAAUAUAACCAUACUCCCAUUGUCAAGGCCAAUAACCAAAAUCUUACCUAUGUUCUUCUCACCUCCCUCCUCCUCUGCUUCCUUUCCUCACUGCAGUUCCUUGUUUCACCAGGCGAUAUAAUAUGUCUCUUUCGACAAAUUAGCUUUGGCAUCAUCUUCUCAGUGGCUGUGUCUUCUGUGCUGGCAAAAACCAUCACUGUAGUUUUAGCUUUCAUGGCCACCAAGCCAGGAUCCAGGAUGAAGAAAUGGGUAGGAAGAGAUCUGGCCACAUCCAUUGUUCUUACCUGUUCCCUGAUUCAGACAGGCAUCUGUAUGGUGUGGCUGUUCACAUUUCCCCCUUUCCCUGACAUUGACACCCAUUCAGAAAUAGAGGAAAUCAUACUCCAGUGCAAUGAAGGCUCAUCUACCAUGUUCUACUGUGUCCUUGGCUACAUGGGCUUUCUGGCAACUGCAAGUUUCACAGUAGCCUUUUUCUCCAGGAAUCUCCCCAGCAGUUUCAAUGAGGCCAAAUGCCUCACUUUCAGCAUGCUGAUCUUCUGCAGUGUAUGGAUCUCUUUUGUUCCAUCCUACCUGAGCACCAAAGGCAAAUACAUGGUGGCUGUGGAGGUUUUCUCCAUUUUGGCCUCCAGUGCAGGGUUGCUGGUCUGCAUAUAUUUCCCCAAAUGUUACAUAAUUAUUUUUAGACCAGAGCUAAACAACAGGGAGCAACUCAUCAAGAGAAGAAAUUUGUAA